UUAGUGAAACACUUUUCCGGCGUCUAGUUCGAAAACAGUUCCGCUGACAUUGAGGGGCAAGCCGGAAGUUCUCAUUGAUAGUGAUAAGCCCGCUUGUACGGAAAAGCAACUCAUUCCUGACCUAAUGGUACUCAGCAGUGAUAGUGAAGGGGAGGCAUACAAAGCUAAUCUGUGCAGUCUGACUGACGCAGCCUCGCACGUUAUUCAACCACAGAACCCACCGGCAAACGUUCCUUCUGGCACCUUGUCAAAGAAACGUAAAAAAACACUCGAUAAUGUAACUGUCCACGUAGACCCAGGCCUUUUGCAGGAUGGACAUGGAGGCGAAGUACUCAGUGCCCUUCAGGCCCAAGAACUCCUGUGCGUGAUUGAGCCACAGGCAGUGACGAGGAGCAUCACUUGGACUAGAGCAGGGGGACCUGUACAAGGAGAAGAGGAAGAAGAAACUGUCGUUCUUAUCCCAGCAGAAGAAUUUGUUGCAUUAGUGCAGAGCUUUAAGAAGGACCCACAAGGUUGCAGUAGCGAUGAGAUUUCUUGGGCAUUUUUCACCCGCUUAACUGUGGGUAAGAGGUUGACGAUGCCAACCAUGGUGGUCAUGGAAAUGGAAAAGUAUUUCAGGGCUCACACACAUAAGAAAAAGCGUGUGAAGCAAGGAAACCUAGAAGUACUGCCACUACUAACUAAGGUAGACAUGGAAGAGGUAAUUAUAGAGCUCCAGUUGCAGCUGGGAUUACAUGUGUGGUUCAUGGAAACAUGGAAAGAAUUUGCUGAUUUUGUCUGCAUGUUCAGCAAAGCGAUGGCUGAAGCUCCAACCAAGAGACAGCAAAAAGACUCCUUUUCCUUUUAUCUGGAUGGGGAAUGGGCAGGAGGUGUGCGGGUGGAACGCUGUGGAAAAGGUCUCCUAGAUGUAUGGAAGAGGCAAAUCCAGCAGUUAAAUAGAGUCAGCGUAGAAAUUGCAAGUGCUGUUGUGGCAGCCUAUCCUUCUCCACAGCUAUUGAUUCAGGCUUAUAACCAGUGUGGUACAGAGGCAGAACGUAACAAUUUGCUAAGUGAUAUCCUUGUACGUCGUGGUGAAGGUGUCACAUCUACAUCCCGACGGAUUGGACUUGAAAUGUCUAAACGAAUUUGCCAGGAACUCACAUCACUGGAUCCUGAUCUGUUGUUAGACUUGUCGUGAAGACACUUAUGCCAUUGAAACAAACCAUAUGCACAUUACAAAUAGAACAGAAAAAAAGCUUUUAUCUAAAACUGAAAUUACAUGGAGGUUUCCCAGGUGCUGGCAACUAAGUUGCCUAUUUAAAGUUUAAUUUCCUGAAAACAAAUUAUAGGCAAAUGCUUUGUAGCCUCGUUUAUUGUUCGGCCAAGAAAACCCUGUUUGUCUGGUAAGAACUUGAAAUUUGCACACUUUUUUUGUUAAAAUCUGUAUUCAAAAUAUCAAGAUUCUUCAAAACUAGAGCUACCUUUCCAAUUUAGGUAAGAGUAGUGUAUUCAUUUUUUGAAGGUGUCCCUAAUGGUGGAGCUUGUAGAUUCAUUAGAGACUAGACUUCCUUUUUUCAAACCUUGUGAGCUAAAACGUAUGGGUCUUUUUUGUAUACUAGUACAGCUAGUUUAAAAUCAUAUUUGAAAACCAUUUUUUUCAUUUACCUCACUGAAUAAACCCCCUAGAACAACACCUCCUAAGCUUAGCCAGUGCUGCUCAAGGGCCUUUGAUCGCUCCUAGGAGUGUUUCAACUGGCCACCUGAUGAAUAUAUGCUGCCUCUAACGAGAUGGCGGUGCCCUUUAAAAAGUUCCCAGUGUUUUCAGUGAUUAGUGAAAUAAAUUAAAAUUCAAAAAAAAAAUUGAAAAUGUAAAAAUAGUUAAUAAAAAAUGUCAUCCACUUCAAAGAAAAUAUGUCCAUCAAAUGUAAAAUCAAAUAAAAAUUGGUUUUAUUUA